AUGCCCCCCAAAAGAGCCUGUGAUUCUUGCAUCUCCAGAAAAGUCAAGUGCAAUGGCACCUGGCCUUGCAACACUUGUCGUGAUGCUACCAAGCGUGUCGCUUGCACCUAUCUGAGACCCCCGCGAAAAAGGGGACCCAAAGUUCGACGAGUAUCCCACAGGACCAAAGAAGUAGAAGAGGAAGAUGGCGAUGGCGAUGGCGAUGGCGAUGGCGAUGUUGAAUCGGAGCUAUUGAACGAAGAGCGUGAUAUACGUCAAAGAAGUCGGAGUGAAGGAGCGAACAAUCAUGAGGAUCUGGCAUCCUGGUCCUUAACACCCAAGGCUCCGCACCGCAUAUCCAAGGAGGUCAUAGUUCCGAUAGUUCGUCUGUACCAACAAUAUUCAUAUAGUGUCUGGCCUGUUGUCAAUGCGGAGGUCUUGUUGGACCAAUUAGAGGAUAUUGAGCUCGAGAUUACAAGCCAUGAUGCUGGGGGUGUUUCCUGUCUGGUUACUGCGCUUUGUGCUGCGACGAUGGCGCAGCUGCAUCUCGCGCCCGUCAUGAAUGGGGCGGGAAUGGCUGAUAGCACAACUAUGGCCAACGCAUGUCUGCAUAUAAGAGGCCGCUUCGAGGUGACGAAGGAACAUCUCAAUAUUACGAGCCUUUUAAUCUCGUUCUUUUUACAUGUUUACCACGCGAAGGUGAAUCAGCGGACAUCGGCAAUGAUGUUUAUUCAGGAAGCCAUCAAUGGUGCCCGUAUACUCCAACUAGACCAGCCAUCGAGAAGCAUGGCUGCAGAUGAAGUCGCCGAUGAUUUAAUUACAAACAGGGAGCUUGUCUUUCCGUUGCUCUGGGUUUCCGAGAGAGGCUAUGCGAUGCAUUUGGGACUAUCUCCGUCUUACAUUGAUCCACCGUGUCUGGAAAGACUUGAGUAUAGUUCCGAUGUUGAUAUACAUGUGCAAGGUCUUUUGGAUAUCGUCAAGCUAUUUGUGGCAUUUGAUCGAGUCUCCUUUCGCCGUCAAUCCAACGCUGAAGCUAGCUCUGCCGCGGAAUUGGCCAGGACUGAAAAGAGACUGUCUACAUUGUGCUUGAAGCUCGCAGACACUGUUUCGACCAGGACGGCAGAUUGCCAUAUCACACGAGAGUGGAUGAGGACAAUACUCUGGCAAAAGGCAUUAUCUUUAGGUCUACUGUCUUCUUCAUCAGGGUCAACUGUUUUGAAAUUUUCAUUCCCGACGCAAGUGGGCCAUGAUCUGCUUCACUCCUUAAGGUGGUUUUCAGAGACAGAUCUUUUACCUUUGGGACGAGACCAGCUCUUGAAAUGCUUCGAAGUGGCGAACUCGCUGGCGGACACAGUUCUACUCAUCUCUGUGAAGUCUCAACCUGGGUUUGAGCUAGGCUCACAGGACUUCCUGCAUGCUUUAUACCAAAAGAUGUUACCAUUUCUUGAACAGGACAACGUACUUAAGACAAUUCUUCGAAAUAAAACCGCUGAAGCCCUGAUAACGGCGCCUGCCCGUCUUUUACCUAGAGAAAUUGAUCAUUUUAGUCCAAAUUGGGAUGUAUACUAUGAAAUGACCGAGGAAGACGAAUACCAAGACGAGCAGAUGACAUAUCAAUUACCGAGGAGACCUAGCUACGACAUUCUAGCUCAGCAAUGGACCACACAGAGAGGAAAUUUAUAG